AUGGGUGAUAUCAAAUCAGGAGGCGGCGGCGUGAUCCUCGACCACGAUGUCCUCGGCGAGAAGGCUGAUCUCUCGCACGAGGAGGCGAUGCAUUUUGGCGCCCUCACCGAGGAGGAGCUUGCCGUCCAGAAGAAACUUGUCCGCAAGAUCGAUCUCCGGAUCAUGCCCUUGAUUGUGCUGGUCUACUUGAUGAACUACAUCGAUCGGAACAACUAUGCCGCUGCUCGGUUGCAGGGUCUCGAGGCUGAUUUGGGGUUGCACGGUGAUGAAUACCAGACUGGUCUUUCCAUCCUCUUCGUCAGCUACAUCCUGGCUCAAGUGCCGUCCAACCUCUUGCUUAACCACCUCGGUCGUCCUUCUCUAUAUCUGGGCUUCUUUGUAAUCGCCUGGGGCCUUGUGUCGGCGUUGACUUCUCAAGUCAAGAGCUAUGGUGGAAUUGUCGCCUGUCGUUUUGUCCUUGGCCUGGUGGAGGCACCUUUCUUCCCAGGUGUCCUCUUCUACCUCUCCAAGUGGUACACCAAGAGGGAAUUGAACCUUCGAAUGUCUAUCUUCUACUCCGGUUCCCUGAUCAGCGGUGCAUUUGGAAACCUCAUCGCUGCUGGUAUUCUCAGCGGGUUGGCCGGCGAAAUGGGCAUGUCAGCAUGGCAAUGGCUCUAUGUCAUCGAAGGUUCCAUCACAUGUUUCAUCGGCUUGGUCAUUGUCUUUGUCCUCCCAGACUUCCCCAGCACCUGGAAGCGUCUUCCCGCUGAGAUGAAACACGUGGCCAAUCGUCGCCUCGCCAUCGAAGCCGCCGAAGCCGACAUUGACGAAGCAGGAGGGAUGUCGCAGUGGAAGGGCUUCAAACUCGCCAUGACCGACUCCAAGACCUACAUGCUCGCCAUCGCCUACAUGUGCAUUACUGGCGCGGCCGGAUUCCAGAACUUCUUCCCCACGCUCACUGCCACCCUCGGCUACAACCACAUCGUCUCGCUGCUCCUCUGCGCGCCUCCGUACAUGUUCAUGGUUUUCUACUCCUUCGCGCACUCGGUCGCGUCGGACCGCCUCGGCAACCGCUUCUGGUUCUUCAUGUACCCGAUCCCGAUCACCAUCGUUGGUUGGGUCAUUUUCAUGACGACCGAGUCGUUCGGCCCGCGCUACUUCAGCCUGUUCCUGAUGAUUUUUGUCUUCGCCAUGAACGGCACCUGCUACGCGUGGAUCGCCUCGGCCAUUCCGCGCCCGCCGGCCAAGCGCGCCGCCGCGUUCGCCUUCAUCAACUCGAUCGGCAACUCGGCCUCCAUCUGGACCCCCUACACCUACCGCGAUCAGGACAAGCCCUACUACCGCCUCGCCCUCGGCAUCAACAUCGGUCUGCAGGCCGUCGCCGCGAUCAUGGGCAUCUGCUUGCGCAUCAAGCUGACCCUACAGAACCGGCGUUUGGAGCGGAUGGAGAACGAGGACACCCCGUUGACGGAGCGUGAUCUGCAGAAAUUGAGGCGGACGGCCGAGAUCGAGGGCAUCGAUCUCGCUGCUGCGAGACGCCUGCAGAAGGGGUACCGGUAUACGAUCUAA